AUGUAUGGGGCAACUUUGAGUGGAAUAUAUGGCUACUCGCGGUUCACUGGUGGUUAUGCUGGUGGACAAGCCGAAUAUGUGCGUGCUCCACGAGCAGAUUACAACUUAUUGAAGAUACCUGAUAUAGUACCGGAUGAAAAGGCACUAUACUUAUCUGAUAUUGUUCCUACAUCAUAUCAUAGCGUGGUUUGUGCCAAUGUUAAGAAAGGAGAUACUGUCGCGAUCUGGGCCAAUUGGCUUGUGUGCGGUUAGGUGGGCCCAGCUUAAAGGUGCUAAGCGAGUUAUAGGUUGUUAACUCCAAGUAUGAUAUAGCUAAAGAAAUCCUCGAUAUUGUGCCCGGAGGAGUGGAUGCGAGUAUUGAUGCUGCAGGAUUUCGGUACUCAAACAAAGUAGUUCAUAUUCAGCGGACUCUUGGACUUGAGACAGAUACUUUUGAGAUUAUUAAUGAAGCCAUAAAGUCCACCAAAAAGUUUGGUUCGAUAGCUUUGGUUGCAGAUUACGUUGGGUAUGCAAAUCAGUUUUUAAUUGGGGGUAUAAUGGAAAAAGGUAUCACCUUAAGAGGAUGUGGUCAGGCUCCUGAACAGAAAUAUUGGCAUGAGUUGUUGGACAACAUUGAGACAGGUCUUUUCGAUCUUACGUUUAUUUUGACCCAUAGGUUCGCAAUCGAUGAGUUUAAGGAAUUGUAG